UAUACAUGUUCAAAAUUUUAUUACCUCAAUAAAUUAUGACAGGAUCGUAUCGGUGACAGUGACAAUAUGAUAUAUGAUUUAGUAAGUAUAGUAUAAUAAGAGAAUAAAAAUUUGCAACCUUUCAAUAUUGUCUCUGGACCUUAUCCAGGACUCUAACAGUGUACGACAAAGUUUCCUUAUAGCUUAAAGAUGUCGGAAACACCAAUCGAGUGAGCUGCACUAAUUGUUUCACUCUGGAGGCUGAAAAUAAGAAGCUUAAGGAGCAAUUAAAGAUCAGUAAGCGGAAGCUGCAGAGGGUGCAGGGGGAAAAAUUGUGCUCGGACGAGCACGCACUACGAUUGUCGAAAGAACUCCAAUUGAUGAAGGACAAAAAUAAGUUUCCUGAGGCUUCUUUUUCCGAGCAAGAAGGAAUUCCGAUGACCGUAGCAGAUUUGGAUGAACUGAAUGGCCGCGCGACAACAGACAGCAUGUUUGCUGGGUUGCUCGCUGUUCGCUUGGUCGGUGCAGAUAACCUGAUAAAGAUGAGCGUAACCGGUCAGGCGUGCCAUCGGUACGCCAAUAUGAAAAAAGAAGACGGAACUCGUUUGUACCCAACCCCAAAAAAACUGGACCCCAACGUGUUGCAGUUUAUCUGUAACAAAAUCGCAGAACGUACUGCCAUCCGUGUUGGUUUACAAAACGUACUUACAAUUCGGCAAUAUCAGAAAUAAAAAAUAAAAACAUCAACAUUUUAAUUUUUUAAUUUUAUUUUAUUUUUUUUG